GCGGGGUCGUGUGUGCGGGUCUUUUCCACAAUGCCAUUCUCCUCCUGUAACACGGAAACCUGCUCUUACGCCAGUCGUAACGAUAAAUCCUAUUGGCUGUCGACGACGGCAGCCGUCCCCAGCACGCCCGUGGACGGACCCUCCAUCAGAGAACACAUCAGCCGCUGUGUGGUGUGUGAAGCCCCCUCCUCACCUGUCACACUGCACAGCCAGACCUCCAGUCAGCCAGGCUGCCCCCCCAACUGGAAGAGCCUGUGGACCGGAUACUCCUUCCUCAUGCAUACAGGUGCAGGUGAUGAGGGCGGUGGCCAGUCUCUGACGUCCUCAGGCAGCUGUCUUGAAGACUUCAGGGCCCAGCCCUUCGUGGAGUGCCAGGGGCCUCGAGGAACCUGCCACUACUUCGCCAACAUCUACAGUUUCUGGCUGGCCAGAGUGGAGGCGACCGGCUCCAACGGCGCCUCCACCACGCUGACCGAGGGCUGGCAGCAGAAGGAGAACAUCGGGAGGUGCAACGUCUGCAUGAGGGAGUGAGGAGGAGGAGCACCGCCUCCUCCAGCUCCUCCUGCACGAGGGAGUGAGGACAUGCGUCACCUCCUCCUCCUGCAGAGUCUGAGAGGACAGACAGGACGAGACUCGUUUGUUCGUCUCUGUGAGGGGAGACCGUCACGUUAAAGCUGCCAAUCAAUCAGUAAAUCAAUCAGUCAGAUUGUUCAGAUCAACAGGACUGACUCCUGCAGCACCAACACUCCCACUGGGUUAUUCUGUCGACCGUGUUUUAGCAGAGGGAUCUUUGAACUGAGAAAGUCUGAUGUUAGUUUUUAAUUUUAGGCUGACCACCUCCUUUUCAAAUCAGCACAUAAAACAAGAUUUUAAUAUCAACAUGUAUGCUCAUGGGGAGGUGUGGCCCUCCUGUCAUUUAAAUCCUCCCCAGAGUGACGUUCUUGUAUUUAAAGUCGAUCUCUGAGUUUUGAUUUUUAUUAACUCUGUGUGAAAUUUGUCAGUAAAAUCUCUUAAUCUGGCUUAAACUAGCUGAGCUCCAGUAGGACAACUGAUAAAAAUGCAAGAACCGGUAAAAGCUCAUCACAUCUCUGGCUUCUCCUGCCUUUAUUUUCCAUUAUCCAUUAAAAGUAUGCAGAAUUA